CUGAUUAUCUUCACCCCUAAGUCGUUGCUGAGACAUCCUGAAGCAAAAUCUAGCUUUGAUGAAAUGAUGCCAGGUACCAAGUUUAAACGUGUGAUUGCAGAGGAAGGAGUUGCCGCUGAAACUCCUGAGGAUGUGAAUCGGGUGAUUUUCUGUACUGGGAAAGUGUAUUAUGAUCUUGUUAAAGAAAGGAAAAAUCAAGAUCUGGAAAAAGCAGUGGCUAUAAUCCGAUUGGAGCAGAUCUCACCAUUUCCUUUUGAUUUGUUAAAAGAGGAAAUUGAGAAGUAUGCUAAAGCCGAACUUGUCUGGUGCCAAGAAGAGCAUAAGAACAUAGGCUACUAUGACUAUGUCAAACCUCGUUUCCGGACUAUCGUCAAUCAUACUCGACCUAUAUGGUAUGUUGGUCGGGAACCAGCUGCUGCUCCAGCCACAGGUAACAAAAACACUCAUCUCGUCUCACUCCGAAGAUUUUUGGAUACAGCCUUCAACCUGGAGGUGUUUGAAGGGAAGACAUUUUGACCCUUGACAUGGGUUCCCUUGCUCCAUUAUCUAGAAUGUAUGUAUUUAUGGAAGGAAGGCUGUCACGAUAAAAAGGGAGUGAAAGCUAGUUGAGGGUUUCAUUUUUUUAGGCAGGGAAGUAGUCAGCUUCUUCAAAAGAAUGUCAAACUAGAUGUAUGUAUGGUGUAAAUGUUAGAAGUAACUUCUGAUUCUGUUAAUUUGGCUUUAAGAAUUACAGCACUGCUACCUCUUAGCGGAGAGAAGUAGCCCAAGUCUUCUGCUUUAAGACUGGCCAGUAGUUGCCAACGUUUCUAGUGAUCUCUCCUUCUUUGUUAACUUCCUGUAGGUAUAAACAAGAUAUAGAUUUAGCCAAAAUUCUGUUUUAGGUACCUAGUUUACUCCUUAGGGUUGUGCUGAGAGAAAACCAUGCACUUACUGUGUGUGUCAUCAUCAGAAUUCACAAAAUCGGCAAAGGUUGUAAACGAAAAAGAUGCAGAUAUAUUAAAAAUAGGGUUGUGGAGUAAUUCUGGCAUACUAUAUCAACACUUCAUCUUGCAACCUAGCUUGGAAUUUUUGAUAAAGGGCCAAGAAAGCUGGCCAAAGUUAUGUUGCCCUGUAUAUUGUAAAAUGUAACCAUGGUGGUAAUCAUAAAAAUAAUAAAAUAGGAUGCAUCAGAAAUAUUCUGCCAGUAUUUGACUCUGUGGCAUCAAGUUGGUGUUGACUCUUCACAACCGCAUAGAAAGUUGAGUUAUAGCAAAGAAUUUAGAGCUUUUCUUUAAAAAGCAUUUCAGAGAGAAUGGCCGAAUGCAGCGUAAAUAACAGUGAAUCCAUAUAUUUCUCAAGAAAGAUCAUCUCAGUGGAUCUUGAAAUAUUUUCUGUCUUCCUUUCAGUAAUAAAUGCUCUUGUAGCUGGAACUGGUCAAAUUAACAUACAGACAAAAAUUUGAAAGCAUGGCUUUCCGCUAUUGUUGUUUGUGGGUCAGAUCCUUCUGCUUUAAAAAUAAAUGUAUCCAAGAUAUGAAAAGUAAAUAAUAACAUAUAAGAGUCUGGUUUAUUUGUGGUUUUAUGACAAUCUCAUCUUUAUGGAUUGAUCCUAGCAUCCUGCUCGCCAAAAUAUUGACCUCCAUUAUUGUUGUUGUUGUUGUUAUUCCAUCUAUAGUUUGAUUUGAUUUGAAGUCUUUGCAGUUUAAUCCUGGGAGAAUUGCGACGCAGAGAACAUAUUUUGAACAAAUUUAGUUUUAUUUUUUAUACCAA